AUGGCCAACACAGAGGCUCGAGAGCGCCUCCGCCAACACUUUUUAAAUGCACAGGAAUCAGACCACCCUAUUAAAUGGGAUGAGCUCUACCGUGAAGGCUUCAUCCCCUGGGACAAAGGCCUCCCUUCCGCACCCCUCGCUGAGGCUCUGGCGCGGCGCGAUCUGAUCAGUGAGCCUCCGGUUGCUGUAUCUGGCACAGGAAAGCAACGCAAGCGAGCUCUUGUGCCGGGUUGUGGCAAGGGCUACGACGUGCAACUUCUUGCUGCGUUUGGAUAUGAUACCUACGGGCUCGAGACGAGCGAACUGGCACUGAAAGGAGCGAGGGAGACAGAGGAGAAGCACGGUGGUGACGAGGUGUAUCGAGUGAGGAACGAGGAGGUCGGAAAGGGGAAGGUUACGUGGAUUACUGGGGACUUCUUCAAGGAUGAUUGGGCAAAAAGUCUGGGGGAGGGGUUCGAUGGUACUUUCGAUGUGCUGUUCGAUUAUACCUUCCUAAGCGCGCUCCCGCCUACUCUGAGGGCAGCUUGGUCACUCCGAUAUAGCCAACUGCUGGCGCCUACCGGCCGCCUCAUCUGCCUCGAGUUUCCAACCUAUAAACCUAUCAACUCGGGAGGUCCGCCAUGGGCUCUUCCCCCGAGUGUAUAUAUGGCGCAUCUGCCCCGUCCAGGGAAGACGCUAGAAUAUGAUGAUCAAGGCGGGAUCGUUGAAUCCAAGCUGGGCGAACCGCUUAGCGACGGCCUCGUGAGGGUAGCGCACUUCCAGCCACAGAAGACUCAUGCGGAUGGGUACGAUGCGGACGGUAACAUGACGGAUUGGGUUGGUGUCUGGGCACACCCUAUACUCGAAUCAUAA